UGUUUUUGCAUGUGUGACAAAAAGUGCAAGUUUGUGAUGUGGGUGAGUGUGUGUUUUGAAUGUGUGAUUGGGUUUAAGUGUGUAUGUAUGAGAGUGUUCGUUUCACAUGUGUGUUUGGGUGAGUGUAAUCAUAUGUGUAUAUGGGAGUUGGAGUGAUUUGCAUCUAGUAUUGUGUGUAAGUGUGUAUGUGUUGUGCAUGUGUGUUUGAUUUUAAGAGUACAUGUGCGACAGGAUGUGUCUCGCGUGUGUUUUGAGUAUAUGCAUAAGAGGAUGUGGUUUGUAUGUGUGUUUGUGUGAGAGGAUGUGGUUUGGUGCCCCUGUAAUAAAGCAUUUCUCCUUUUUGGACUGUUUUGGCUACACCCUUUUGGUUUAUGUUUGGACACACUCUUUCGAUCGUCUUUUCAUUUUUUUAGGCUCACUCUUUGACUGACAUUUCUAAGUUGAUUCCGUUCUCUGAUAUAGGAGAACCGUUUUUGUGCUCACUUUUGGCCCUGCUUUAAAUACUUUUUUUUGGACACAUACUAUUCCAUAUCUUAAAUAUAUCUAAAUAAAAAUAGAAUAAUCGUAUACACAUGAGUCUGUUUUCCUUCCUUGGAUCUAGCAACGACUAGGUGACAGCAACACAGCAGUAAAGGUAGGUGACCCGAGUCUGGUGUUAAUAUAAUUUGAAGUUGUUAUAGCGAGAAUAUUUAUUAUCAAGUUAAGAUAUUAAGGGGAACAUUUGCCCUGAACCGUUGUGUUCUAGCCCAAUUUACUAGAGGAAUAUCCAAUGGAAAGUCCGAACUCCAUACCCAUGGAUAGCUGUUGUAUAGCUUGGAAGCUGGUGUAGUAACGCUGGAUAUUUUACGAUCACUUUUUCACUUACUGGUGGGUACAUGUAUGGAUGAAAGAUAGAGUUAUCUCCCUUCGCCUUCUGCCGAUGUUUCUCCUAUCAUCGAUUCUUCAGAUAUAUCUACAGAUAUUAGCUUUCGUUUAGGGGUAGCUGGUUGGAAAGUAAAUGUAGCAGGUUUAGGCACACAUGAUCACGACAAAAAUGGUGACCAAAAUUGAAACGUAAGUUUCUUAGAAAACUAAGACUUAAAGGGCGACUGCGCUUCUGUGUCUGGUGCCAGUUUCAGUCCAGGUCUACAUGUUGUAAAUAAUGCCUAAUGGACACCUGGGUCAAUCAGAGUACUCUUAGAUUGAUAUAAAUCAUGAAAAUUGGAGUCAACAGACAAAGAAUGUUGUGUUUGAACGACUUUAGCCAAACUUACUUAAACAACAAUAUGCCACCACGGCCAUUUAAAAUACCUCAAUGUUAUAUGUAUAACAAUGUAUGGGGUUUAAUGAAUUAAAAGUGCACCAAAUGGUUGAAUGUGUGACAAUAGUGCUAUGAAUAAAUUGUCAUGAAAGUGGGAAAAUGGAUAGGUCCUGGGUAUUGGUGAACCAAAUCUACGUUCGAGUCAGCAAGAUAAAGUACAAAUGCUCCAAAACUGGUACGAACCUGAUGUGAACUUUAGGUACGGGUUAACCAUUUUCAGUGGGUACGAAUCUCUUUGGCUAUGGAUCACCUACCGUAUUUUCUUGAGUAUAGUGCGCACCCAUGUAUAAUGCGCACCCACCUCUAGCGGAUUCAGUAUUCUGGAGAAAAAAAAAGAAUUCGCUUAUCAAGCGCAGAAAAACAUUACACCUUACCCCUUCAGCGAAGUCCGGUAAACGAACGGGCAAUGAAAAACUUGGUCAGUACAAAUUCGAAAUUUGAGAUAAAAAAAUCACCAGACAUGUUGAUUUACCGUUUAAAUUGUAUUUUUUGUUCUGCUAGGCAUUGUUUUCCAUCCAGGGAUUAAGAUUACCUUGUGUAAAGAAAGCCGGAAACAGCAAUCAGCUGUACACACGUUUUUUUUGGAAUCUACCGGUGAUUCGGUCAAGACACACCCAAUGAUAUAACUUUACAGAAUUUUAAUGCAAGGUAGUAUCCAAAUCUCGUGGAAUCACACUGUCAUUGCAGGCAUCACCUUCAAGCAUGACUUCGGCCAGCACAUCCUCAAGAACCCUCUGGUUGUUGUCAGCAUGGUGGAGAAGGCUGCGCUGCGGCCGACAGAUGUGGUCCUGGAGGUCGGCCCUGGUACGGGCAACAUGACGGUCAAGCUGCUGGAGAAGGUCAAGAAGGUUGUGGCCUGUGAGAUUGACCCCCGUCUGGUGGCGGAGCUGCACAAGAGAGUUCAAGGAACCCCCCAGGCCACCAAGCUGCAGGUAAUGGUGGGGGGACGUCCUCAAGACAGAGCUGCCCUCGGAUUCAUUGUUCUGUCAUAACAUAACAAUACCUGCAGAUUUUGACAUCAAGGAAAAAGUAGUGAAGAUUCUUGAAGAGACCAGCUUUGACAAGAAGCGAGCCCGCACGAUGGAUAUUGAUGACUUCCUGGCGCUGUUGAACAGUUUCAACAAGGACGGCUUCCAUUUCUCCUGAUGCAAGAUGUGGUUCCAGUAUUGUCUGAUGCAGUGUGGGAACUUUCGAUGGACAACAGGCAGUGGGCUCUUCAUGGACAGUGAAGCUUCAUUUGUUUGUUUCUGUGAACACUGAACACUGUGACAUCUCCGUAAAAGGCGACUAUGCUUGUCGUAAGAGGCGACUAACGGGAUUGGAUGGUCAAACUCGCUGACUUGGUUGAUGCAUGUCAUCAAUCCCAAUUGCGUGGAUUGAUGCUCAUGAUAAUAAUCACUGGAUUGUCUAGUACAGACUGGGAUAAUUUACAGACCGCCUCAUAUAGCUGGAAUAUUGCUGAGUGCGGCGUUGAACACGAAUCAACUGUGACAUCUGAAUGCAUGAAUGCCAGUUGUAGAGUACACAUCGUCGUGAGGUGGAACACUCUGAAGUCUGUCAUGAAGCUUGUGUCAAGGAAUCACAGACACUGAAUAUCGUGGAACACUUUGACUGCCAACAGUGGUGGCUGUCAGUCUGACCAGAUGACAGGUAUUACAUUAGUGCCAAUACCUUGCGAUACCUUGAGGUACAUUGUGUGUACUGUAUCGUGACCUAUAUCAGCAGCAUGUCAUAUGGUAUGCAAUUGAAUUUCAUACUAUUUGCUGACAGUGUGUAUGUAUGUGUGUGCAGGAGUUCUCAAGCCAUUGUAUAUUUUAAAAGUUUUCACAACAUGAUGGGUGACGAGUGACGACAAGAAUCGUUAAAAGAAAGACACGAAGCCUGUAAAUCGAUUCUAUAAACACUUGUUUAUUUGGUCAGUGCCAGAAAAUAAAUAUGUAUGUACAUUUGGGUGUUCUCUGUCGAGACCGAUGUGUGUGGCAUGGUGGUUCAACACACCCAUCUUGCAGACACUUGUUUCCCCGACACUGAUGUCAAACGUUCAACGCCCAGUCUCACACACAGCCAGCCUCGCUCGCUCGCACGCUCACGCUCUCUCCAGCUUGCUCCACCUAUAUACAGGUGUGUGGUCCUAAGUACACAGGAACUGAUGACAAGUACACAUGCAUCUGUAUUGAUGACAUAUCCUGGCAGAAAUCACCUAAUACCAUCACCUGUUCCUGGAACAUGAUAAGAACUUUCGUCAUUAUGCUCCAACUUCAGAUCUCAACAAAUAGGUCGUUUCCUAAUUGAAACCACUUACGAUUUCAGAGUAUGAUUAUUAUUCCAAAGUAAACUUGGUGUUGGUUGAAAUAAGGUUCCAGGUUUUUAAUAUUACCCGCCCACCAUGAGCAUGGCUGUUGUGUAAUAUUCCAUUAGGAACAGGAGAUGGUACAUGAAGAGGCAAUGGUUGCCAUACUGUCAGUGAACUUGAACAGAUAACAGCAUAACCUUGCAAUUAUAAGAGGAAGAUUUCCUUGCCUAUACAUAAAGUACACAGAAAGAAGUCCUAGUUAACAAAGACUGACAUUAAUGAAUUAAGUAUUGCCACUUUUCAGCAAUUAAGUCCAUGUCCCAGCUGGGGUCAACGGUACAACAAUGUAACAGCUGAUUAAUAUGUAUCCCCCCCCCUCAGGCAAGACUGUUCUUAGUUUUCAGUUACUAAUGCACUUACAAACCAAACUAAUUUUUUUUAAUGAAAAUACAUGAUCAAAUGUACCCUUCUGACAGAAAUAAAAAACUAAAGUGAAACCCUCCUUCAGUUUAAACAGAAUGUUUCACUUUGACUAAACCACGAAAUAUUAUGCCAAAAUAAAAAAAUUAAAAAUCGAAUAUUCUUAUGUCAAC